AUGGGAGACAUGUGUUCAAUGGCCAUGGACACGCAGCUCUCUUCCGAUGCCUCGUCUUCGCCGCCAGACACAACAGACCUGCACACCCAAGCGUCCACGACCAACAAGCGCACAGCCGCAGAUGCGGGCUUGAAGGCCAACGGCGUCCGACCUGCCAAGAGCGUGAAGAGACGAGCUUCCAAGGCCUGCCAGUGCUGUCGCGCACGCAAGGUGCGUUGCAAUGUGGUCGAGCAGGGCCCGCCCUGUACAAACUGUCGUCUGGACGAAGUUGAGUGCAUCGUGUCGGAGAGCAAGCGCAAGAAGUAAGUGGAAACGUACGCGUUGCAAGCCACUCGAGACCUGAGGCUCACCUUGCGCAGGAAAUGGUCUACGGGAGGCAACGAGAGCUCGCCCCACCCCACCAAGGGAGGCCUGCCAUUCAAGGCGCCCAUGUUCCCAAUGUCUGCACAACCGCCGUACGAGCCAUUGAAGCGCAUUGAACAUGUGCCUCACGCAUUGUGUGGGUUAUCUUCCGCAUCCGAGCAGAGUCUGGCGCGGCGUACUGAUCUCCAUUGCAGACCAAGAUCUGGGCAGAGAUAUCAGCUUGACCAACAACACCGCCAGAUCAUCCAUGUAUACGCCCGAUAUGAUGAUGAAUCUCCAGCGCAUGGGCCCAAAGCCCUCCAUUCCUGAUCCCACGCCUCUGCACCCUAGCCUUGUGACUCCAACAAUGCCCGCGUACAGCUUGCCCAUGUACAUCAAACCGCUCCCGUCGAAGCUUAAUCCAGAGGAUAUUCUAUACUUGGAGAAGAAGGGUGCGCUGGCCAUUCCCAGUCAACAAUUGAGGAAUGAGCUUUUGCGGAACUUUGUCGAGUUUGUCCAUCCGAACAUGCCACUUUUGGAUGUACACGACCUGGUGACAUCCAUCGAUCGCGACGAUGGCGCAGCUCCUGUCAGCCUUUUACUGCUCCAGGCGAUCAUGUUCUCUGCCAUCGCGACUGUAGACAUUCGUCACUUGAAGGCGGCAGGCUACACGACUCGCAGAGACGCGCGACGCGAUUUCUUCCAGAAGACGAGGCUUCUCUACGACUUCGACGUCGAAAUCGAUCGAAUUUCGCUCAUCCAGUCGCUACUCCUCAUGUCAUACUGGUAUGAAACACCAGACGAUCAGAAGGACAGUCAUCACUGGAUGGGGAUCGCCGUCUCGCUUUCCCACACCAUUGGCCUGCACCGCAACCCAGAAAAGUCCACAGCGAUGGACGAGCCGAGAAAGAAGCUCUGGAAGAGGAUCUGGUGGUGCACAUAUAUGCGAGAUCGGCUGGUUGCACUCGGCAUGCGACGACCGACACGCAUCAAGACGGCUGACUUCGAUGUACCAAUGCUGAACAUCAGCGAUUUCGAGUCGGCGGUAUUGCCAGGGGGGCCUUCUUGCAUCCCAGCUGACUGCAAAGUCCUCCGGGACCUCGAUACGCAGAGACAGCUUGCUAUUAUGUGCAUCGAGAGCGCGAAGCUGUGUGUCUGUAUGAGCCACGUGCUUUCGGUGCAGUAUUCAGUGCUCAACAACAACCACGGAGUCGUGAAUGACGAAGGCAGCACAAAGACUACGGUACGCUUGGUCGCGAAGAAACUAGAGCCGAGAGUAAACGAAGUACAGACCUGCGAUAAGGAGCUCCAAGAGUGGCGUGAUGAGCUGCCCAAGGAGGCUCUUUACGUGCCUCCGACCUGGCACGAUGUGGACGCUGGCAAUGAGAGCAUUGUGCUGAACCGAUCGCUCCUACACAUGAUCUCCUACGCAACACUGUCAGCUCUGCACCGUCCGCAGGUCCUUCCAUCGACUGCCAUGCCUCCUCGACAAAUGCAAUCUGAUAUGCUGGACCUCUCUCGGAAGGCUGUCAGACUGGCAGCUGGCGAGAUCACCAGCAUCGCCUACAACCUGUUCAAUCUCGACAUGGUGCGGUUCCUGCCGACGACUGGUAUCACUGUAUUGCUCCCAGCAAUCAUCAUCCAUCUUCUGGACAUCAAAGCUCCAGAUGAGGCCACACGCCGGUCGAGUUUGCAGGGCUUCUGCCAAUGCAUGCAGAUCAUGGGCAAGCUGCGCGACAUGUACGCAGCGGCGGACUAUUCGACCGCCUUUCUCGAAGCUGCGAUCCGGAAAGCCGAGAUCACGCUGCCCCAAAAAUCGGAUGAGGUCAAGGAGCCCAGGAACGUAAUCACGUCCACUCAAGGACUAGUAGACGCUGGUAGACGGCUUCGUCUUGUCUCAGCAGCUCCAGAUCCUGGAGCCUUAACUCCACCGCCGGAUGAUGCAUCGCGCCAACAGCCGCAGCAUCAGCGCGAUGGCAGCCCGCUCACCGACGAUGACAUCGCCCAGAAGCUGAACUCGUAUUUGGCAUCGACGCCGCCAGAUUCGGAGGGCCAGAAUUUUGGCGAUCAUUCCGACCUGCACGGCCUUCCGAUCCCUCCUCCUGAGUCCGAGCCUGAUUUCGAAUCUCUGAUCAACUUGGAUGCUGCCGCAGAUGUAUGGGGCUUAGAAGAUGGUGCGUAUGCGGCCAUGAGCGGAGAGAGCGGUGGAUUCACGAUGGAUAUGGAUUGGUUGAAAGGCAUGUCGAGCGACGGGUUGGAUCCUGCCACGACUGCUGCGGCUGCGGCUAUGGCUGCCACAGCACCUGCUUGA